AUGAAAGACCAAGUGAAAGGAAUUCCUGUAAGAGUAGCACUGCGAUGUCGCCCUCUGGUCCCCAAAGAGAUGAGUGAAGGCUGCCAGAUGUGCCUUUCCUUCGUGCCCGGGGAACCACAGGUGGUGGUUGGUACUGACAAAUCCUUCACCUACGAUUUUGUGUUUGACCCGUCUACUGAACAGGAAGAAGUCUUUAAUACAGCAGUAGCGCCACUCAUAAAAGGCAUAUUUAAAGGAUACAAUGCAACUGUCCUGGCCUAUGGACAGACUGGUUCUGGAAAAACCUAUUCAAUGGGAGGUGUAUACACCGCAGAGCAAGGGGAUGAACCAACAGUUGGGGUCAUUCCUAGGGCAAUACAACUGCUCUUCAAAGAAAUUGAUAAGAGUGACUUCGAAUUUACUCUGAAAGUCUCAUACUUGGAGAUUUACAAUGAAGAAAUCUUAGAUCUUCUAUGCCUAUCUCAUGAGAAAUCCUCUCAGAUAAAUAUAAGAGAGGAUCCUAAGGAAGGCAUAAAGAUUGUGGGACUCACUGAGAAGACUGUCCUAGUUGCGUUGGAUAUGGUUUCCUAUUUGGAGCAGGGCAACAGCUGUAGGACUGUGGCCUCCACAGCUAUGAACUCCCAGUCAUCCCGGUCUCAUGCCAUCUUUACAGUCUCCAUAGAGCAAAGAAAGAAAAGUGACAAGGAUAGCAGCUUCCGCUCCAAGUUGCAUCUUGUAGAUCUUGCUGGAUCAGAAAGACAGAAGAAAACCAAGGCUGAAGGGGAUCGCCUAAAAGAGGGUAUUAAUAUUAACCGGGGCCUCCUAUGCUUGGGAAAUGUAAUCAGUGCUCUUGGAGAUGACAAAAAGGGUGGCUUUGUGCCCUAUAGAGAUUCCAAGUUGACUCGACUCCUUCAAGAUUCUCUAGGAGGUAAUAGCCACACUCUUAUGAUAGCCUGUGUGAGUCCUGCUGACUCUAAUCUAGAAGAAACAUUAAAUACCCUUCGCUAUGCUGACAGAGCAAGAAAAAUAAAAAACAAACCUGUUGUUAAUAUUGAUCCCCAGACAGCUGAAAUUAAUCAUCUGAAGCAACAGGUACAACAGCUACAGGUCAUGUUGCUACAAGCUCAUGGAGGUACCCUGCCUGGAUCUAUAAACGUGGAACAAUUAGAGAAUCUACAAUCUUUGAUGGAGGAGAAUCAGUCCCUGGUAGAAAAGAAUGAAAAAUUAAGUCAUGGUCUGAGUGAGGCAGCUGGUCAGACAGCACAGAUGUUGGAAAGGAUUAUUUUGACAGAACAAGCAAAUGAAAAAAUGAAUGCCAAACUAGAAGAGCUCAGGCAGCAUGCAGCCUGCAAAGUGGAUCUUCAAAAGCUAGUGGAGACUUCAGAAAACCAGGAAUUAAAAGAAAAUGUAGAGAUGAUUCAGGACCUGCAGCAACUGAUUACCCAGAUAUCAGAUGAAACUGUUUCUUGCAUGGCUGCAGCCAUUGAUACUACAGUGGAACCAGAAGCUCAAGUGGAAAUCAGUCCACAGCCCAGCAGGUCUUCUGAUGGCUUCACCACUCAACAUGCUCUACGUCAAGCUCAGAUGUCUAAGGAGCUGGUAGAGCUGAAUAAAGCCCUUGCACUGAAAGAGGCCCUGGCCAGGAAGAUGACUCAGGAUGGCAGUCAACUACAGCCCAUUCAGUUCCAGUACCAGGACAGCAUGAAACACCUGGAAUUGGAAGUCAUCAAUCUGCAAAAGGAAAAGGAAGAAUUGCUUCUUGAACUUCAGACCACAAAGAAGGGUGUCAACCAAGCCAAGCAGAGUGAGCGCUGCCACAAACGUCUCCAGGAGCUAGAGUGUCAAAUAGCUGAUUUGAAGAAGAAACUGAAUGAACAGUCCAAACUUCUGAAGCUGAAAGAAUCCACAGAGCACACCAUCUCCAAACUGAACCAGGAGAUACAGGUGAUGAAAAACCAGAGGGUACAGUUAAUGCGUCAGAUGAAAGAGGAUGCUGAGAAGUUUAGACAGUGGAAGCAACAAAAAGACAAAGAAGUAAUCCAAUUAAAAAAACAAAACAGAAAGAGGCAAUAUGAGCUGCUCAAACUGGAAAGAAGCUUCCAGAGACAGGCUAAUGUGCUUAGACGUAAAACUGAGGAGGCAGCAGCUGCCAACAAGAGGCUCAAGGAUGCUCUGCAAAAACAACGGGAGGUCACAGAGAAGAGAAAAGAAACUAAGAGCCAUGGAAUGGAAGGCACUGCAGCUCGAGUGAAGAGUUGGCUUGGAAAUGAAAUUGAGGUUAUGGUCAGUACUGAGGAAGCCAAAUGCCACCUGAAUGAACUUCUUGAAGAUAGAAAGAUCCUGGCUCAGGAUCUGGCUCAACUCAGAGAAAAAAAGGAAUCUGGGGAGAACCCACCUCCUAAACUCCGGAGGCACACAAUCUUACUUGUUGAACUGCACGGUCAAGUUUCAGAGUCAGAGGAUUCCACUACAAAGCAGAUUGAAAGCCUACAGACUGAAAUGGAACUCAGGAGUGCUCAGAUUGCUGACCUACAGCAAAAGCUGCUGGAUGCAGAAAGUGAAGACAGGCCAAAACACCGCUGGGAGAGUAUUGCUACCAUUCUGGAAGCCAAGUGUGCCCUGAAAUUUUUAAUUGGAGAGCUGGUUUCCUCCAAAAUACAGGUCAGCAAACUUGAAAGCAUCCUGAAACACAACAAGGCCAGCUGUGCGGACAUGCAGAAGAUGCUGUCUGAGGAACGAAAUCAUUUUGUCGAAAUAGAGACAGAGUUACAGGCACAGCUGUCCAGAGUGAAGCAACAGCAUCAAGAGAAGGUGCUGUACCUUCUCAGCCAGCUGCAGCAAAGCCAAAUGGCAGAGAAGCAGCUAGAGGUGUCAGUCAGUGAAAAGGAGCAACAGCUGCGGAACACACUGAAGUGUCAGGAAGAAAUCGAGGAGAUGCGAGAAGUGUGCGCGCAAAACAAGCAGCUUCUCCGAGAGAAUGAAAUCAUAAAGCAAGUGGGCAGACAAAAGAAAUCUCAUCUUCCUAAGGAUACCCUUCUAUCUCCAGACUCUUCUUUUGACUAUAUCCCACCUAAGCCAAGACCUUCCCGUUUUAAAGAAAAACUCCUCGAGCAAAGCAUAGACAUUGAGGAUCUAAGAUGUUCAGAGCAUUCUGUCAGUGAGCCUGAGGACAGUGAUGCUGGGGAUGAUGAGGAAUGGAAGCCAACAAAAUUAUUUAAGAUGUCCAAGAAGAACAUCCACAGGUGCUCCUGCAAGGGCUGGUGUGGAAAUAAGCAGUGUGGGUGCAGGAGACAGAAGUCAAACUGCUGCGUGGACUGCAGCUGUGACCCCACAAAGUGUAGGAACCAUCAGCAAGACAAGGGUAGCUUGGACACUGCUGAGCAGACCCAGGAUUCUGAAGGCUCCUUCAAGCUGGAGGAUCCCACAGAGGUGACCCCAGGAUUGAGUUUCUUCAAUCCCAUCUGUGCCACUCCAAACAGCAAAAUCCUGAAAGAGGCGUGUGAGAUGGAGCAGGUUCUGUUAAAGACCACUCCGGCUGCCUCCUCCCUUGGCCUCUCAGAGUUGAAGCAAGUAGCCACAGAAUCCCAAGAAAAUAAAGCUCCAGGGAAAAAAAAGAAACGAGCUCUGACCAGUAAUGUCAGCUUCUUCUCUGGCUGCUCCCUUAUGGAAGAAGAGGCCCCCUGA